ACGCUCUUUUAAUUACCCAAUAAUUCAAGAAAGACCAACACAGAUGUCCAGUGUCUGCUGUUGCACAGUUCAAAUCAGACCCCGAUGACACAAUGUUAAGAUUUAUGUCCUUUUCCAGACAGAAAUACAUUCAGACGGUUAGGGUAUAGUCAGUUGUCGCACCUAAAUUGAGCAUCCUAACCGGAAGUCCUGCAUUUCCUGAUUUCCGUUAACUUGACAAAGAAGCAGCGAGGUGAAAACCAAGCAGAGGAGCGAAACAUGGCGACGGGGAACAAUCCGAGGAAAUUUAGCGAGAAAAUCGCUCUACAUAACCAGAAGCAGGCGGAGGAGACGGCGGCCUUUGAGGAGGUGAUGAAGGACCUAAGCAUUACACGAGCAGCGAGGCUGCAGCUGCAGAAGACUCAGUAUCUGCAGCUGGGACCAAACAGAGGACAGUACUACGGAGGAUCUUUGCCAAAUGUCAAUCAAAUUGGGAACAGUAGCAUGGAUGUGACCUUCGAGAAAUCAGGGCUGGAUAUGAACAAAUUGACCCGACAUCAUGGGUUAGUGGAGAGAGUGUACCGCGACCGGAACCGCAUAACGUCACCGCAUCGGAAACCCCUGUCUGUCGACAAACAUGGACGCCAUAUUGACAGCUGUCCAUAUGGCUCAGUGUAUCUGUCACCACCACCAGACACCAGCUGGAGGAGAACCAACUCUGAUUCAGCGCUGCACCAGAGCACACUGACCCCUGCUGACCAGGCCACCUUCACCGGAGGAUCCCAGGAGCUGCAGCCAAAACGAGUUUUCCUGCUUGCUGUACCUGAUUCAGAAGCAAUUAAGCAAGAGGCUGAUGAAAAUGAACAAGAACUGAAAUGGGACUGCAAAAAGAACACGUCGAAGUCCAAGCCCUGCAAAGUUCCCGGGAUUCACAUAUUUCCAUCUCCGGACCAGCAGCUGACCACACCGCUCAAACCAGCAGCCCACAACACUGGCGGAUCUCUGCCUGACUUGACCAACAUCCAGUUCCCUCCUCCACUGCCCACUCCGCUCGACGCGGACGAUUCAGCCUCCGCCUCGUUCAGCGCCUCCAGCAGCACACAGACCCUGGCAAACUCACAAGCAGUGAAUACAUCUCAGCCCACGUUAUCAAUGGAAAUGGAGUCAGGCCAGGACAACAUGGUGCCUCUCAUCCUGAACACAGGAGACUCCCACCAGCAGCAGAGCAAUCAGCUCUCUCCCACCUCUCCACCUCUCAGUCUCUCUCAGGCAGCCAUCAACGCCAUGAACCUGGAGCAGCAGCUGUCUCAGUACGCUUUCUUCAGUCAGCAGCAAACGCCUCAGACCCUACAGAACCAACAGCAGACAGGCCUGGUCCAGCUGCCGUCCUCCAUGAACUCCUUCCCCACGUUAGACCACCACGCGUCCUCCCAGACAAACGUGACCAUGGACAUGAACACGGCCUCCUCCCUCCAACAGUACCGCAGUAGGGUCGGGUCCUCGGCCAAUCAGUCUCCAACCUCCCCCGUCUCCAAUCAAGGCUUCUCUCCCGGAGGUUCUCCUCAACAUAACGCCAUCCUUGGCAGCGUCUUUGCGGACUUCUACGACCAGCAGCUGCCGUCGCUCCAGGCCAGUGCUCUGUCACAACAGUUGGAGCAGUUCAACAUGCUUGAAACUCCCAUCAGCCCUGACCAGACCUCCACCCUCAACUACUCCCAGGCUGUGAUGAUCGGUUUGACUGGUGGACACUGCAGCCUCCCAGACUCACAGCAGCUGAGCUACAGCAGCCAUGGAAACAUCCCUAACAUCAUUCUCACAGUGAGUGGAGAGUCUCCACCCGGUCUACCAAAGGACCUGACGUCCACACUCUCCACAGAUGUCAGCUUUGACAUAGACUCUCAGUUCCCACUGGAUGAUCUCAAAAUUGACCCACUGACUCUGGACGGCCUACACAUGCUCAAUGAUCCAGACAUGGUCCUCGCCGACCCGGCCACAGAGGACGCGUUCCGCCUGGACAGGCUCUAACCCUCACUUCUCCACAUGCUCCUGCACAGGUGCGUGAAAGCUGCCGCUGUGGGAUAGAGGGAUAGACGGGUUAAAGGUGGUGUCACUGGAGAUGAUAAAAGUAGGAGAAAUGUUGCGGUGCACGAUGGUCACGGUCUUUACUGCUCGGCAAUGAUUCCACACUAAGCAAUUAUGCCUCAGAAGAGAAGAAAAAAUGUUUAAAAAAUGAAGAGUCUUUGAAGACUGAUGCCAGCCUCUGACCCCCGUUGUUGUGAACCUUUUCUGUGGUUCAAAAAUCAAAUUUUAAUUUAUGUCAGAAAAUGAAACUUACUUUACAGUGGGAGUUUGAUGGAGUAGUGAGCAGAUGAGCUCGACUGACUCAGAGGAAGAAAUCUGUCAAGUCAAACAUUCAACACAGACAUUGGUUUUCCUCUAAUUCCUUUGCGGUUCGUUUUACAGCCAAAGUAAAAUCCCAUUUGAUUUGAGAGCCGACGAUGAUGAGUCAUAAGUUUCUGCUAUUCUGCCAGGUUAUUUUUGGGAAAUGCUGAAUCUUGU